GGCGCCUUUCUAUCAUGAGUGAGGCGCUGGCAUCGAUGGCCGAUGCGUACGCCGCAGGGGUCGCGUCUGACGCAGGAGUUGUUGCGUUCGCGGACCUAUGCACGAAGAAGUCGUCGUCUCGGAAAGCCUUGCUGCCUCGCAUUACGCCACUGAUUGUAUCGGAGGCCGACUUGAAGCAAGUGCAUGGCAAUCCACACGAGAAAUUGCGCCAACUGCAGCUCCAAGUGCUGUGUCGACUAGGCCAAGCCGCACUUCGAAAAGCGGACCCCAUGGACAAAACGGAAAAGAAGGUGUUGUACUCAAUCUUGUCGUCAAUGGCGAUGAAGAUGGACUCGUUGGCGAUGGUGGCAUCCAACAAUGCCGACGACGACACCCAGUCGGCGUUUAGGACAUUCAUCCUGGACACUUUAGCGCAUCGAUUUCAGUCGUCGCUGCCCAAGACAUUCAAAUGGCUCUACAGGGCAUUGGAAAUCACUCUCCCGAACGACGACAAGACCAAGAAGACCACGCCAUCGAUUGUGGUCGCACGAACACAGCCAAGUGAACCAAAUUUAAACGCCGACUGCUCGAUUUCUCAAGUUCUGCAGGAUCGAGCGUCGUCUACAUCAAAAGAUCCCAAGGCGAGUCGAAGCCUGUUCCAAGAGGUCGUGCUCACGUCGAACCAGCCCAAGUGCCUUCCUGUGGUCCCCAUCGUGCACAAGACCGUACCUACUCCCACGAAACACCUUACGUUUUCGGCUGGUACCAUCGACAACGCACCGUCCAAAUCGUUUGGACCUACGCGGCACACCAUGGUGCUGAAGACCCCCGAGCGACCAAAACGACCACCCAUGAAGAAGCAAUUGGUGUGCGUAGCGUCGUCGCCGCCCCUGCGGAAACCCACCAAGAAACGGUUGGGAACACUGAUGUCAAGUUUCAAAUAAAUUCAAGUGUCCGAGCUGCAGUUGUCGUCGUCAUCGCUGUACGCCGCCACGAGACUCGCCACCGGCGCGGCGGUCUUCUGUUUCUUCGAAGUACCUUGACUGUCAUGGCCACCUUGCUUGGACUUCUUCACUUUCGCCCUGGCGGCAACCUUGAUGCUUUUCUUUUCCAAGGGCAAUUCGGUCCUGUUCACGGAUGCAGCGGCAAUCGGCACCGAAUUCGCGGCGGGUGGUUUCUUGGAUUGGUUGAUCUCUCGCUUUAACAGGGCUACAAGAUUCAUGUGUGGAUGAUCCAAGAA